UGAUGGAGCCUCUUGAUCCCUAGAAGCAGCUGCCUGUGCCCCGUUGAAACUUCAUGGCCACAGCCCCCAGCCUUGCUGGCAUUGCCAUGGGCAGCGUGGGCAGCCUGUUGGAACGGCAGGACUUCUCCCCCGAAGAGCUACGGGCAGCACUUGAGGGGUCCCGAGGCUCCCGCCAGCCAGAUGGGCUGUUCCGGAAGGGCUUGGGCCAACGUGAACUCCUCAGCUACUUGCACCUCCCCAAGAAAGACAGCAAGACCACCAAGCGGGCUGCUCGGAACGAGCCUGCCGACUAUGCCACCCUCUACUACCAGGAACAUCCCCGGGCUGGUGACUUCAGCAAGACCUCGCUGCCUGAGCGGGGACGUUUCGACAAGUGCCGUAUUCGCCCAUCGGUGUUCAAGCCUGUGGCGGGUACUGGGAAAGGCUUCCUGUCCAUGCAGAGCCUGGCAGCCCACAAAGGCCAGAAGCUGUGGCGCAGCAACGGCAGCCUGCAUACUCUGGCCUGCCACCCACCCCUGAGCCCGGGGCCCCGGGCCAGCCAGGCACAGGCCCGUGCCCAGCUGCUGCAUGCCCUCAGCCUGGAUGAGGGCGGCCCCGAACCCGAGCCCAGCCUGUCUGACUCCUCCAGUGGGGGCAGUUUUAGCCGAAGUCCUGGCAUGGGCCCUGGCCCCUUCAGUUCCUCCCUGGGUCACAUUAACCACCUUGGGGGCUCCCUGGACCGUGCCUCUCGGAGUCCAAAGGAGGCUGGGCCGCUGGCUGUGUUGAGCUGCCUGCCUGAGCCCCCACCCCCCUACGAGUUCUCUUGUCCCACUGCCGAGGAGGUGGUGGCCAUGCUUCCUGACACCUGUGAGGAUCUCAAGAGGGGCCUCAGUGACGAGGAUGGCGCCAAUCACUUCACACAGGUGCUAGAGGAGCGCCAGAGGUUGUGGCUAUCUGAGCUGAAGCGCCUAUACCUGGAGCGGCUGCACGAAGUGGCCCAAAAGGCUGAGCGCAGCGAGCGAAACCUCCAGCUACAGUUGUUUGUGGCCCAGCAGGAACAGCGUCGCCUGCGCAAGGAGCUGCGGGCACAGCAGGGCCUGGCUGCUGAGCCUCGGCCCCCAGAAGCUGAUUCCAGCACUCGGCCAGAGGAAGAAGCGCGAUGGGAGGUGUGCCAGAAGACAGCGGAGAUUAGCCUCCUGAAGCAGCAGCUGCGGGAGGCCCAGGCCGAGCUGGCACAGAAGCUGGCUGAGAUCUUCAGCCUAAAGACACAACUUCGGGGCAGCCGGGCACAAGCCCAGGCCCAGGAUGCAGAGUUGGCCCGGCUGCGUGAGGCUGUGCGGAGCCUGCAGGAGCAGGCCCCUCGGGAGGAAGCCCCAGGUAGUUGUGAGACCGAUGACUGCAAGAGCCGUGGGCUGUUGGGGGAGGCAGGAGGCAGUGAGGCUGGAGAUGGUGCUGAGCAGCUUCGGGCCGAGCUGCUACAGGAGCGACUCCGAGGCCAAGAGCAGGCACUACGCUUCGAGCAGGAGCGGAGGACAUGGCAGGAGGAGAAGGAGCGGGUGCUGCGCUAUCAGCGAGAGAUCCAGGGGGGCUACAUGGAUAUGUACCGCCGCAACCAGGCACUGGAACAGGAGCUGCAGGCACUGCGGGAGCCCCCUGCACCCUGGAGCCCUCGGCUUGAAUCCUCCAAGAUCUGAGGCCAGUGGAGCAAGCUGACAGCAGAAGCACUGUCAGAAGAUGGCUUGGGCAAGCUUGCCCUGAGAUGGCCGGCUCCUUCCUGACAUUAGUCUGGGGCAGAAUCCGCUGAAGCCAGCCAGGGAUGGGGAGGCUCACGGAGAGGAGG